CACGAUCAGCCCUGCAAUACCGUAUUGUGGCAGUAGCCCUACUACUUGUCCUGUAUCAGUUUAUCCAGCCCUCAGGUCCACAGAGACCCGUUUCCAACGCGAUGUCACAAGCACUUGCAAGCUUGCUCCCAGAACUCGUCGGCUUCGAGCCUUGGUACGACAACUUCUGCUGGCAACCCGCGAGUAACUUCUUUCAAGCAGACGCUCCUAAUUGUCACCAGAGCCUCGAAACGUCGACUCGCAGCGCGAUGUCAGCGUCCACGGAAGUUUCUGUAGCCGCUAAACCGCGGCGCGGCGAUUCGAGCGACGAAGAACUAGCCAGGGUUGGAAAGAAGCGGCAUUCGGAGGAAAUCAUCGAGAGCCGCGCCGGAAAGAAGAAGUCCAACGGUUCCGCCGGAAUAGAUAAUGCGGUUAUUAUUCAGCACAUGCUCAACGACGCGCUUAUCGCAGCGGGGCAUUCUUUUCCGGCAGGCCAAGCUCUUCUGCCGUCGCGCGGCGCUGCAGAUAUCGCAUACGAUUUCCCGCAAGUGAAAAAGGAAGCCCUUUCCUCGCGGAGUAACGAUUUGGCUGCCCAGCGGCCCGUGCGAGCGGAAUGCUGUGACACAGCCGCUCCCAUGGCGCGGUGUCCAGAUCAGCUUGCAUCUGCUGCGCCUACUAACCGCGGAUCUCAAUGGAGCGGGAAUCUUAGCAAGGGCGAUAUCCAACCGAGAAGUAUGCGCGAGAAGAAUCGCCGACACCGCAUCCUGGCUGCGUUCAGCAAGCUUGAAGACGCCAUUCCCUCUACGUUUUGCCAGCAGAGGCGGGCGUCGUUCACCAAGAUGGACACGUGUACCUUAAUCAGCAUGGCCAUUCAAUACAUUAAAAGCCUUGAACAACGGCGGGAAAACUUGGCCAAGCUUUGUAUGAGCAAUGCGAUGCUUGACGUGCAGCCUCCGUUUCAUCGUGGCAAUUUUUUCCCGCCAAGCUAGUUGCCCUGGCCUCGGUGGAUGUGUUUGUGUAAGUGUAAAUCUUGUUAAUAAAUAUUGUGAAAGCAUUUUAGCAUGAGUCCUCAUAA